AUGGAUCGACAAACCGUGAAUCUUUUGAAUGAAGGCAAUAGUGAUUUGAUUGUGGAGCAGCAUACGGGAAAUGUACAAGACUUGUGUCCAUGGGAGAUUGAAGUCGAACGCCAACGUCAGAAUGAUGAUCUUAACCGACAGCUUGAAAGUUUAUGGAAAACGGACUUCGCAGGUUCUCUCGUUGACAACAAGGCAUGUAAUUCGAUUGAAGACAGGAAGGCAUUGAAAAUAAUGGAAACAACUUUGACAAUGGUACAUGGCCACUUCCAAGUUGCCCUACCUUGGAGAUAUAAUCCACCUUAUUUGCCAAAUAAUAAGGUUGUGGCAUCACGCAGAGUCUUCUACUUGAAGAAAAGGUUGAUGAAGGAUGAGAGUCUGCGCAUAAAAUAUCGAGAGACGAUGAAUAACUAUAUUAGCGACGGGCAUGCUGAAAAGAUCCCAGAAGAAGAAUUGAACCCAGACGAUAGACCUGUUUGGUAUGUACCACAUCAUCCUGUUGUGCACCCUCUCAAACCGGGAAAAGUAAGAGUAGUUUAUGAUUGCGCAGCUACGUAUAAAGGGACAUCGUUAAAUCAGCAGUUGAUGUCUGGUCCUGAUCAGACAAAUCAAUUACUCGGAGUCCUAAUUCGUUUUAGACAAGAGAGAAUUGGAUUGGUCGCUGACGUAGAAGCUAUGUUCCACCAAGUAUUAGUAGAGCCAAAGGAUCGAGAUGUAUUAAGAUUCUUAUGGUGGCCAGACGCAGACCUGUCUAAAGAGUUGCAAGAAUACCGAAUGGUGAAACACCUCUUCGGCGCUACGUCGUCGCUUAGUGUCGCCAAUUUUUGUCUACGAAAAACAGCAGAGUUAAACAGUGAAGAAUUUGAUGACGUCACAAUAGAGACAGUGAAACGAAAUAUGUAUGUGGAUGACCUGCUCAAAUCUACCAAUACUACAGAUAAAGCUAUCAGGCUAGUUCAACAGUUGAGAGAAUUACUUCAGAAGGGUGGAUUUCGAUUGACAAAAUGGUUUAGCAAUGAUAAACUGGUGUUGGCGACAGUUCCUGAAUCUGAACGAACGAAGUCAAUGAUCAAUUUAAAGGGAGAUCGGCUGCCAACUGAGAAUACCCUUGGGUUAAAAUGGAAUUCAGAUGAAGAUGCAUUUGUGUGGACGAUAACAGAAAAGAUGUUGCAGUUCACCAGAGAAAAAUCAAUAACGCGUAGAGGCAUGGUGUCGGCGAUUUAUUCGUUCUUCGAUCCGUUAGGACUAAUCGCCCCCUUUGUCAUGAAAGCCAAACUCCUAUUGCAAGUCCUCAGCAGAAAACAAAUCAGCUGGGACGAUCCUUUGCCAGGGAAUGAGCUUGCACAAUGGACUCGUUGGUUACAAGAUAUUCCCAAAUUGCAAGAAGUAAAGAUCAGUCGUUGUUUCAUACCACUGAGUUUCAGUGAAAUCAAGGUUGUGCAACUACACCUAUUUUCAGAUGCUUCACGAGUAGGGUAUGCAGCGGUGGCAUACCUUCGUCUUGAAGAAGCAAGUGGUAAUGUACACAUCGCGUUUGUUAUGGGCAAGUCGAGGCUGGCACCGUUACGUGAAAUAAGUAUUCCACGGCUGGAGUUAACUGCCGCUGUCCUCUCAGUAAGAUUAUCCACCAUAAUUCGUGAAGAAUUAGACAUGUCGAUACAGAAAACGUAUUAUUGGACGGACUCGAUGUCGGUGUUGAAGUGCAUAAAUAAUCAAACAAAACGAUCUCAUACAUUUGAAUCAAAUCGUUUAACAGUGAUUCAUAGCGAAACCGAUCCGUCCGAAUGGAAUUAUGUCAAUCGAGAAGACAACCCCGCUGAUGAUGGUUCGAAAGGAAUGAGGCUGAAUGUCAUGAUACAAAAUGAUCGUUGGUUAGCAGGUCCCACGUUUCUUAAGGAAAGCGAGAGUGAAUGGCCUCGUCUCCAAGGAAUACCAAGUUUGAAUGAUGAAGAUCCACAAGUUAGGAAGGAAAUUCAGAUUUAUACAGCCUCUCUCCAAAGCAACGGUUUGGAUGAUUUAAUCUCAUUCUACUCGGACUGGUGGAAGUUAAAGCGAGCAGUGGAUACGGAUUCGAUGAUAAAUGCACUUCGUAGGUUUAUUUGCAUUCGUGGUUGCCCUGAAUUACUAAGAAGUGAUCGUGGUACAAACUUCGUUUGUGGAAAUAAGGAGCUGAAUCAAGCAAUGGAAGAUUGGAAUCAGCUUAAAAUUAAUGAAUUUUGCACCCAACGAAAGAUUGAAUGGAUUUUCAAUGCACCUGCAGCCAGUCACAUGAAUGGCGCUACGGAGAGAAUGAUCAGAUCUGUUCGACAAAUACUAAAGGCUAUUUUGAAGGAGCAAAUUGUAACGGAUGAAGUUCUGCUGACAGUAAUGGCAGAAGUGGUGAAUAUCUUGAACUCAAGGCUGCUGACACGGAAUAGCAACGAUCCCUUUGACGAAGAGCCCAUAACACCCAACCACUUAUUACACCUACGACCAACGACGGCAAUACCCCCGGGAUUAUUUGGUAAAGAAGACAUGAACUCCAAACGUGCGUGGAGACAGGCACAGUAUUUGGCAGGAUUGUUCUGGUGA